AUGCAAGAACCGAUAAACAAACAACUGUUGAGCAGUGAAGAACAUUUUCCCAGCAACUGGGCAAAGGAAGUUGUACAUAGUACUAUGAACAGGUGCGUAUAAUUGUUUUAAAAGAGUUCUAAUUCGCAAAAUGUUAAAACACGUGGGUCUCUGAGGAUAUCCCAUGUGGUUUGAAUUCGUUUUGCUCCUUUGGGAUAUAAAUAACUUUCCAUCGUUUUUGUUCAUGUCAUACGCAGACGAUAAUUUUUAACCUCAUUUUUAGCCCCAAGCGACUAGCACGGAUUGAAUUCGAAAGACAGCCACCCUCGACCGUACGCAAAAGUAACUUCUUUUCCUUCGUUGUCGCUUUGUAUGACACACAAGAUAACCUUGUCACCGUGGAGACAGCCAGAUUCACAGAUUUUCUAAAACAGGUAAGCUAUAAAGUAUCUCAAAAUAUUUGUACAUUUCAUAAAGUAUUUUUAGCACUUGAAUUGAAUUACGGACACGUGCGCGCCCCGGGCAUAAAUUUGUUGUUGUUUUCGAGGUUGUUUUAUUGCAGGUCGACCAGAAGAGCUUCAAUGGGCUUCGCUAUCAGCUUGGGCUUUCAUUCAACACAGGUCUGUAUUUUCGAUAAUUUUACGAAGUGUUUAGUACUGACAAUACAUUAUUAAGGUUAGUAAUAACGUCAUUCGCGCUGGAAUGCAUUCAAAAUAUCGCUUUGUUGGCAAAUAAUGAAUAUUUACUCUGCAUGUAUAUAUUUUAUUAAUUAUUGUACGUACUUCUGUAUUAGUUUUAUAUAAAGACGUACGCGUUCCGCCUAAUGGCUAAUGGAAAUAAACAGCUUUAAUUUAAUCUAUUAAUACAGGUUUUAGAUGCGAGCAGUUCUUGGACGUGCAUUUGGUUGAUUCAAUCUCAAAAGAGGUAUAAACUUAUUCUAAAUUUAAAAUUGAGUUAUUUCAUUUUCUUUGCAGGCGGAUAGCAAUAAAGCAUUGAUUUGUUUGUUUUUCUUGAAUGUAUCUAUAUAUGGAGUGGGUAUAUGGACUGGAAUAUGGGAUAGAGAUUGCUCAAUUAAAGCAAUUUUCUCACCAUAUGUGAAUUACUGAUAAAAUAUCAAAAUUCUUUGGUACAGUUUGGCAUUCAGGAUAUUGGCUUAGUUUGUAUACAGUAAGCACAAAAGCACCUACACUAUAUAUGCAACCAGGGACGUCGAUGGUCGAAGUUGCUCAAAGUUACGAGCAAAUUUUAUUUGACAAAUUUCAUUUGAUCAAAUACAUUUGAUCAAAAGCUAGCAUGCUAGCUUUUGUUCAAAUGCAUUUGUCACAAUAAAUUUGUCACAAAUUUAUCAUCUACAUGAGCAAAAUAUCUUUGACAUAUGAAAUUUGUCAAAUAAAGUUUGCUCGUGUAAACAGGGCUUAAGGUCCUAAACAAACGUGUCAGUCCGGUUAACCGGGCCAGCCCGGCACCAUGUACAAUCAGCCCCUAAAAGUGUCUGAGCCCAACCCCCUCCCCCUUAAUGCCUCAAUGGAAUAUUCAUUAACCCAUUGAGUGGCAGCACUCUCAAUCUUCCUUUGACGAGUAAAAUUGUCAGGCAUUAGACAGAGUAGCAUAACAAAGUAGGGUGUAUCAGGGUGCAUUCACUGCAUUGCCACUUAAAGUGAAUUUAAACUGCAGGGGAGCGAGGCUUCAGGCCCUUUCAGGCCUUUUCGACAGCAAAAAAAAAUCAAUUCGACUGCCAAAAUUGGACACCGAAUAACAUCGACCAAUCAGUGAGGGAGAUUACAAACAUGUGAUCGAAAGACUCGGAUUUCAGCCAAACCUUUAUCAGAUCUAUAAUCAAUAAAUUUUACAUGACAGCUGUUUUACUGCAUUCCUUGCAUAUGCGGAUAUUGUGUUCUUGCAGAUGUUGAUGCGUGUCAUGAUAGUCGUAUUGUACAUAAACUGGUAUAAAAUUUAGCAAAAAUGUCUGAGGCGCCAGUAAAGAAAAAGAGAAAGACAAGAAAAGAAAUGCUUCAGGGUAUCAUAUUAGAAUUGGCAGUCACAGAAAGAAAUGUUAUGAGGAUUCAGAAACAAUUCUCUCAAAGUACUCAAAUAGCGUGCCAAUGGAUCAUUCAUCACAACAUUUAAUACGUCCGACACGCCGUUACCCACGCAUUUCAGUUUUGGCAAAUUCACGCGCAGAGAAGAAAUAUGAACUUUACUCUUUAUAUAAGGACGUUGCACAGUAAGGGAGUGGUCAUUAUUUAUGGGGCGGAAAUGGGGAAAAUAAGGAUUGCGCCAUUUUUGACCUGGUAGACUGAAGGCAAACUUUUUGUGUGGAUUGAAAAAUUAACAGCAAUGAAACACUUAGGUGUGUGUUGCAGGUAAAGUUAGAUAUUAGACAAUCUGUUUAAUCUAGCUCAUGAUGUUUUACCCAGCUGGUGAAUUAAUGAUUCAACAAUAUAUGAUUAAAAAAUAUAUAUUAUGUGUUACUACUUUGCAAUGCACCAUUUGACUAACCCAUGACCCGUCUUCAUACAGUGAAAUUAUUUGAACACAGGUUUUUUUUAAGAACUUGUCUGGGGGGUGGGCAUCUACAAAAAGGGACCAAUCUAUAUUGAGUGUGAAGAGAUGACAGAUGGUUGUUGGUGACAAAAGGUUUGGUGUGGUAUAUCGUAUGUACUAGUAAGGGGGGUCUGGGGAAAAUUUUUUUCCACCCCUAGAACUGAAAUGUGAGCAUUUUCUGAAACAGAUUUUUGGAUAUACAGCAUUACAUUGUGCGUUGAUAGACCGAAUCAGAUCAGUUAAGUGUACUUGCAUGGUAUGUUUAUGUAAAUACCACAACUGGGUCACUCGGGGGUAGAAAGCUUGUUAAACUUAGUGGGCCCGACUCUCACGAUCGCGAGGCGCUACCAUGGUUGGCGCUGAGCAGGAAUAUUUUGAGUCUCUAGAUCGUUGGAAAUAGCAUUUUCAUAGUCUUCUUUUUUGCUAUUUGUGAUUAUAGAAAUCAGAACUCUAGACAUGGUAUAUUUAAGUUCAAAAACUUUUAUGACCCCCCCCCCCUUUCUUUGUGUUAAAACUUUUUUGACCCCCCCUAUUUAUAAGGGUAAAACUUCGUUUGAGCACCGCUGUUAUUGGGUUAUGCUAAAUGUCCAUGUUUUUGCUCGGUACUCUGUUUUUUUAUAAUUGAAUCAAUGCAAAGCCCAGUCAGUCGAAUUGGGUCGUGAAUGCAAAUCGACUGAAUCGACUGGGCUCUGCAGCAUUCAUUUAUAAAAACCAGAAUAGCGCGCGAAAACAUGACUGUCCGAUAUACUUGGUUGCCACGAACUCGCAAACUUUAAAUCUAUACUAAAUGUUAUUGUUAUUGACAGAUAAUUUUGUAUGAAGGGCAAGACAAGAAUCCGGAGUUGAGAAGAGUUCUUCUUACACAUGAAGUUAUGUGCAGGUAGGAUGCACUGCUUUAAUUAGGCACAGAGGUAAAAAUAUGCGAUUCUGACUAACAUUUUUUAUCGGACUUGUACUUGCUUAUUUCUUCUCCACUUGGCAUGAAAAACAUGUCAUUCAAUAGCUAAAAGCCGAUCUUGAAAAAAGCUCCGAAUAUGAAAGAAGCUGAAAUGGGUGCGCUGAAAUGGGUGCGCUGAAAUGGGUGCGCUGAAAUGGGUGCGCUGAAAUGGGUGCGCUGAAAUGGGUAGAAUAAAUCGGGCCAAUGUAAGUUAUGUAACUACAGAUAAAUUUCUGCAGAAAUUUAUUAUUUAUUACUAGUAUUUUUACAACAAGUGAAUAUAACAAAUCCUACAAGUUGAUUGAUCAAAUUUGACGUAUUAAGCUGUUAUAUUCAUGUUACACCUAUACCCUACAGGUGAAUAUAACAAAACCGAAAUUUGCAAAUGGCGGCUAGCCGUUUUGUGGAAGUUACUGAUAAAGAAAUAAGCGAAAUUAAAUAAAUUCCCAAAAAACACAAAAGACUUGUGUAAAAAUACCAAUAGAAUUAGGCUCGGUAAUUAUGGGUACAUAUAGUAAAAUUUCGUCCGAAAAUUACUGAAAAUCGUCCACAUUCUGUUCUAUCAAACGAGAUGCCCAAAAUCUUCAUAUUUACCCAGAAUGUCUGCAACUUUAGAAUUUUGCGCUGGUUUAAAUGAUGCAUAACAUUAAUGUUCAUGAUUAAUGUCAGGAUUUUUUAAAUUUUCAGUCGUUGCAAUGAGAAUAAAUCUUGUGGCAAUAAAAAUGAAACCCCAAGUGAUCCAGUCAUUGACAGGUACGUCUCGUUGGUAUUCUCAAUAUUUUAUAUUACUUAUAAUUUUUCAGUAAGGACACAAUGUCAUCACGUGCCCUUCGAAACAGGGUUUUACAGGGUUUUCACCCUUUAACAGAGUUUUCACCCUUUAGUGAAGAUGAUAGAAAUUCCAUUACUUUUCCAGGACUUUCAAGGCCUUUUUUCAGUAAAUUCAAGAACCUAAAACUAGAAAAGCUUUGAAAAUGACACGGAACACCACUAUUUAUUCAAAAUCACUAGUCUAAAUAAUAUUCAAGUAUUAUCAGCACAGCUGGAAAGAAAUUCCACAACUUUCAGUUAAGGACCUAGCUGCGCUAAUUUUCAAGGACUUUUCAAACUUCGAUUUAUUUUUAACAAAUUCAAGGACUUUCCAGGAUUGUCCGUGGACACCUUGCGUUUUCCUCAGGAUAUUUUUGAACAUUAUAGAACAAUGUGGCUAACCAGACUCUUUUCUCUCUUCUAUUUUCUCGUCACAUACGUAUUGUAUUUUCGCUAUAAGCACAUAACACUACAGCUAAAAUGCUGAAUUAUAUAGUUGCAAGAUGAAGGCUACGUAUAGUAAAAUUCUAUACAAUGAAACGUAAAAUCUAACUAACAAACAUAAACCUAGACAAAAACUAUUUUGAUUUUUCCAAACCUUGUUCUUAGCUUCCAUUUAUGACAGCAUGCAAGUUCAAGGGAAAAUAUUAUAAUUCUAUUUCCUAGAUGCACGAUUGGUAAACUGACGUUUUUCAUGAAAUGUAACCAGAAUUGUCAGAAGGCAGCUGGAAAUCCGAAACAGCAGAGAAGAUUUCUAAUUAUGUUUUCGACGGACGUUUAUGGAAGUACGAGUAUGGGUUAUUCAAAUUCAAUUUUUAUUCACAAUAAUUCGAAGCAUUCACGGACACGUAAAGUAAAAUCACCUCCAGCAGAUGAUAUCUUGGUUAAGUUAGAAGGUACAGUAAAAAUCCGUAUAGUAUUGGCAAUAAAGGCUGCUGAGAAGUUAUUUUUAAAACCAGACUGGUGGUCAUAGCGGACUUUCUUAUAUAUAUAUAUAUAUAUAUAUAUAUAUAUAUAUAUAUAUAUAUAUAUAUAUAUAUAUAUAUAUAUAUAUAUAUAUAUAUAUAUAUAUAUAAUAUUGAAGUACGAUAACACACGCCUUGGAAGAGAGGAAUACUUCAUAGGCGUUUAUUUCAAACUCUGAAAGGAAUGGAUGCAUGCCGAAAGUAACCUCUCGAUCGCCCUUCCAGAGUAACACCCCUUCAGUUGUUUCUAAUGAUUUAUUUGAAAAAUGUGAAGGGGAAAUGUCAGAAGGCUUCCUAAUAAGUCGCUAUUGAGCAAAUUAUCAACUGAUGAAUGGCAUGAGCGGGCCGUUACUUUCAGGAGUCCGUAUAAUGGAGCCGUGUCCUGCUAAUGCGCUCGUCAUUCUUAUAACUGCGCGCGUCAACGGCAAAAAUUAUAAUGUAAUAUUUAACAUUUUUUCUAUUAAACCUGCAACAAUUUUUCUAUUAAACCUGCAAAUUUAGUGACAGUUUAAUAUUAAUAAGAAAUUACAACUCAUCUCUGCAAAAGGUGAAAAAGUCACGUCGAUUAUGGACAAACGCACUGACCAGAAACAGACUUUUUACGCUUUAAGGAAGAAGCUAUAUAAACACCGCACAAAAAGAAAGUUCCACCUAAAUAUGUCAUCAUAAGUUCUAAAUAAAUGAUUACCUGAUAAUCACAUCUCAGCACGAAUUAGACCUAUGGUAGUUUGCUUAAUGCUGUUUGAAGAAUGGGGUCAUUCGUGCUUUAAAGAAUGACUUAAUUAGCCUUCAUUGAAUAUAAAAAUACCAAAUUAACAAGAAUGACUUUAUUCAAAUUUCACAACAGCAGUAAAUUGUUUUAUCAAUGAUUUCAUGAUGGGUUUAACCAACACACGUCUCGAUAACGUCAAGGCAUCGUCUCCGCAGAAAGAGAAUUAAUGAUGUGCCCUGGGAACUCGCCAGAUUUCAACCCAAAUGAGCAUCCGUUUGGGACUGACCGGCAAAAGCAAUCUGUCUUUCGUCGGUUCGAAGAAUACAGCACUCUGGCUGACUUGGGCUAUAUGGAUGGAGGAAUGGGUGGCUAUAUCUCAACGGCGGGUGAGCAGACAAUGCCUUGAGGUGACCGAGAAGCGUGGUGGUUACACUCAUUAUUAAAUCAUUGAUGAAACAUUACUGUUGUUUUGAAACUUAAAUAAAGUCAUUCUUGUUAAUUUUAAAACUGGGUAUUUUUGUAUUCAAUGGAGGCUAUUAAUAUAAGUCAUUCUUUAAAGCAUGAAUGACCCCAUUCUUCAAGCUGCAUUAAGCAACUACCAUAGGUGUGAUUAUCAGGUAAUCAUUUAUUCAGAACUUAUGAUGAUAUGCUGUAUUUAGGGGGGAACUUUCAGCGAGGCCCUUAUGUUCGCAAUUCACGAUAAAGUAUUUCUGUACCCGGACGUAGUAGAGAGGUUAAGAUUGAUGUUUACGGCAGACUGGUAACCGCUAACUUCAAGUCGUAGCACCCUCAACCACCUUAGUGUUUUAUUCAACUUUUUAACUUCAUAGUGAUUCCUAUUAUCCGAGCUAUCUGCCCAAGUGAGGGUUGGACGAGUGGUGGAACGAACGUUCUUGUUAUUGGUGAACAUUUCUUUGAUGGUCUUCAGGUUGUCUUUGGGUCUGUCAUUGUCUGGAGUGAGGUAAAUGUUGUUCAUGUAUAUGCGUUACCGAAUAAAUAUUAUACAUAAAAGUAUUACUCGUCUGUGAUUGGUUGAUUUCAGUGCAGUUAAUCCCAAACAGCAGUGCUAAAAUCUGUAAUCACAGUGCAAUUUUAUGUAAUCACUAUGAACCAAUCAAAAUUGAGCUAAGUUUUGGCGGGAAUAUUUUUCAAAUAUUCUUUUUUCAAAACAAACAUGGCCGCAUUUUUAAUAGCUGUGCGGAAAGAUUCCCACACUUGGGUCAAGUUUGGGAAUCUCCAAAAUUGAUAUUUAUCCAAAUUUGAUUGUCUCGAAUACUUUUAUGUAAAUUAUUAAUAAGUAAUAAUAGUAGGGUUUCUCGUGAAAUUUGCUACCUCCUCCACAGGCCUUUCAAAAAUAUAAAAUUGGUGGGAAACGAACCGAAAGGCCUGCCGACUAAUUUUCCAAAAUGGCGGGAGCAACAAACCAAAUUAUAUUUAAUAUAUCAUUUUACCAGAACAAUAAUAUAGACCGCUUUUCGUAUCUGAAAUAUACAUAGGAACAGUGAACACAGAACAAACAAGCAUAUAUAAUGAUUUAUAAAGAGAAGCAGAUAAAUAUGAAAUAUCAGUUUAUAAUUUGCAUAUUACAAACACGCAGGGCUUUUAUGUAACACGUCGUAUGUCAGGCAUGCGGCCCUUUAUCCAUGAAAUUUAUUCCAUUUAUAUUUGUCUUUUAUACAGUGUAACUAUUUAAAUGCAUGUGUAGAUAGUCAAAACAUCACAUUUGGCCAAAUGAUAGAUUCACAACGUCUAUCAUCACUGUUGCUUGUGCUUGUAAAACCCUCCAUUAUUUGAAUCUCCUCGUCGCUUUUACCAGCAAUAACUGCCAAGAUGUAUUUAGAAAAUACUCGCAAAACGGGAUUGCUAAAGAUUAGCAGACGAUGUGCCAUAUGUUUGAAGAAAUUUGACCCAACCGAGUAAUCGACACCAAAAGCCAAGUACCGUAUUUACUCGAUUGAGCGCCGCCCCCGAUUGAGCGCCGCCCCCGAAUGAGCGCCGCAUUUGAGAUCAAUUUUUUUUAAAGAGCGCCGCCCCGAAUGAGCGCCGCACUAAACAGUGUAAAAACUUUCGGCGUCAAAAUUGGGACAUUUAGUGAAAAAAUCCUUUUAAAACUUGUCUAUUUUAUAGUUAAAAGUUCUUGUGAUAAUUCACAAAUAAAAUAUUUUUUAAAGAGCGCCGCCCCCGUCGCCCGAUUGAGCGCCGCCCCCGAAUGAGCGCCGCAUCUGAAGCUCUAAAAAUUUAAAGAGCGCCGCGGCGCUUAAACGAGUAAAUACGGUAAUCGACAUGUUAUUCAGCAGGCCUUACAGCUACGCCAGUCUUCGUCUCAAAUUUCAAAUUUCAACCUGCGAACGGGCAUACUCAUUACGGGCUGUAUGGCCUGCGGAGGAGGUAGUGAAAUUUGGAUAAACAUGCAAAACUCACUCGUGCAUGUUUCGAAAUCAUGCCAUUACCUAUACAAAGUUCUUCAAGAUCUAGUUGCAAAUAUCUGGGUAAAACAUAUGCAUCAUGCCAUUUCUUUUCAGGUCAUAACGCCUCAAGUAAUUAGCGUCCAGGCUCCACCGAAAGUAACCCCUGGCACGGUUGAUGUGACCCUGUCAUUUCGCAAUACACAGUUCUGCAAGAGAGCACCUGCUAAAUUUGUAUAUACAGGUAUAGUGAUAAGAUGAAAAAGCAUAAAACGAAACAGACUUCUAAUGAAAAGGACGGUUCAAAAUAUUGGUUCGGCUUCAAGUCGAGUAGUAGUCGAGUUCAGGAUGUCACUAUGCAUGGUUGAAUACUGCUGGGGAAUUAUACGUGACAGAAUUGACCGUUGUAAAUAUUAUAUUUUAUAUAACAUCGACAUAUAUUUAAAAAUCUACUGGCUCGUACUCACAGAGAAAGACAUACAUACCUACCAUGCAUGUUAAGGUCAAAGUUAUUAGCGUGUAGACCAUUUUCAUUAUGAUGGUCUUAGAAGGGCUCAUUUUAUUCUGCCGAAGCCAGACUUGCAUGCAACCUUGUUCCCAAACGGAAAGAUCCUGGGUACGAGGUUGACUUGCAUGUCGGGACACUGGAAAACAGUCUGUUAGUUGUUGUCUUUAAUGCAAUAGAGUCAAGUGACGUGGCUUCUACUUUUGGACAUAAUAAGUUAUUUUUUCAUUUUUAUAGCUUUAAAUGAACCAACCAUCGACAACGGAUUUCAAAGGUUGCAAAAAAUUGUUCCAAAACAUCUUGGUGAUCCAGACAGGUUACCAAAGGUAUGCAUACAUAUUUUGUACAUUGGUUGUUGUAAUGCUUGUUGAAACACAAGAACGGCCUUGACAUGACGAUUAAAAUUGUUUGGCAGCAUUACAGUAUAUUCUGUAUUAUACCAUUGUUUUGCCCAGUGGUUCAUUAAGGCCUGUUUUAUACGUCGAAUAAUUUUGGUCGCGUCGAAUGCAAUUAAGGCAAUAGAUAAUGAGAUGAUAAACCUCAUUAAGCUUCAUUAUCUAUUGUUUGAAUAGGCCCUUUCAAGGUUUAUUCCGCCAUAUUGCCGGGGGUGCAAAACAUUGGGGCGAGCGCGCGGCCAAGCCAUGGCUGCCAUAUAUUUUACUAAUGAGUGAGCGAUAAUUUUGUGUGGACAUUUUGUUGAUUUUCUCAUGCUAUAUUAAACGAUAGUCCAAAUUUUUAUAUUCUGGCUGAUCUGUGUGUAUUUUCAAACUACUGGUAAAGAUUUCAAUGGAAUCUGAUUGGGGAAAAUCCGUUCCAAUAUGCUGAUUUCUUCGACACCUUUUGCGAGCUAUUUACAGUGGGUUCACGACAACGAAACGCCGAAAACAGGGCUUUUUCGUCUUUGUUUGUUUAUUAAAAACAAACAACAUUACAAAAGAAUCAUGUUUAAAAACAAGACAACAGAGCUGUCGGGAAAGAAGAAAGACGUCCAGGUGCGAGAGUGUAACCUGAUACCAAUGUCAAUCUCACCUUUAAUAUAGAAUCCAAAGGGUAUAUAUUGAGAGAUAUUGAGUUUGAGUUGUUUAUAUUUUAUGUUCUCAUAGGAGGAUUAUAUUGCAAAUGGAUUAUAUUACGAGGAUUUCGUUGGGUUGACAGAGUGGGAAAAAGGUUGAACUUGUGGGAGCAUUUAUUAAAGCGUAUGAAUUGGGUGCUUCAAAGAAAUUUACAAGGAACAAAUUUUUGAUAGAUUAAUUAAGAAGGAAUACCAACAAAGGCUACAAACUAAUGAUAUUAUUAAGAGCGAGGCUAGCACUCUGUGCGAUGAAUAUUGGAAAGAUGACAUUCAAAAACAUGGCCACAUCUUGAUGAUGGAAUGCUAUACAUUCUACGAGUAAAGGCAGUGGAUGUUGAAUAUAUUGGCAAAUACAAAGAUGAGAGGGCCUACUCAUAUUGGAUGAGUGGAUUUGUUGAUAUAAUUCAUGUUGCUAAAUGCCCCAUUGACAAGACCAUGACAUUUUUUUGUAAAUUCAGUUUGUCCAUCACAAAGGAUGACUCACAUAUAAAAGUGUGGAUGUGUGUCCUUGAACAGCUGGAACAGUUGAGCAUGUAAUCAUGUACUUGCAGUCUUCAAUGUAUUAAAUAAAUUAUGCUUACAACAUGUCAACAAGCAAUAUAUUUCCCCUGCCUGUGUGCCUGUAUCAGUGUUCCCCAAGAAUAGAACAAAGGAACUUGAAAAGAAGUAAAUCCAAGCAUGCAAGGUUAAAAAUUUAAUAUUUAGACCAAAAUUCUGGCUGCAAUUAAACAGUGAGGAAAGAAUUUGACCCCAGAAAACCCGAGGACAGAAAUAUUACCAAUGAAAGAGUUUCUUUAUUAUUUAUUUAUUUAGUUUUAAUUUUUCUCCCCUAUGUACAGUUCCAUAGACAAUUAAUAUUUACAUAUUUUUCCUUAUAUUAAUUUGGGCUAAAGACCUACUAGAUACUUUGUUAGGCUUUUUGCUUUAGGCCCCUAGUAAAGGUUUAUAGUUAACUGUUAGAUUUAUAAUAUAAUAUAUUAUUUUAUUUUAUUUUACAGCCAAAUCAGAGAGAGCAUUUUCAGAGUAAUAGAGGAACAAUAAUAUGCAAAUAGAAUAAUAUGCAAAUAGAAUGUUUUCAUCAAAAAAUGCUGCUGAAUUUGUUUUAUGAAGAUGUAUUGAGAGUUUAUGUCUUUAUUUUUUAUUCUAGUGAGUUCCAUACAUCAACUCCAUUAUUAGAGAGAAUAUGUUUUACAUAAUUUGUUCUUUUAUACCACUUGUGAAGUUUUGAUGAGUUUCUUGAGCUAUUUUGAUGAAUUUGAUUGAUAGUCACAAAAAUGUAUCAAAUACUUCAGGCAGGUUUAUAAGAUUAUUGAACAGCAUUGUAGAUACUGUUCCGUCUGCUUGUGUUUUGCUCUCAGUUGGCUAUGGGGAUGGUACUGCCAAUGAGAACAACUGAAACUCUCAAUAUCUCUCAAUAUUAUAUACCCUUUGGAUUCGCCUACUUUUAGAAUUUAUCUCUUAUAUCUAAUAAUUACUAAUAGUAUGUCAUAUAAUCAAAGGUGAGAUUGACAUUGGUAUCAGGUUACAUUCUCGCACCUGGACGUCUUUCUUCUUUCCCGACGGCUUUGUUGUAUUGUUUUUAAAUGAUUCUUUUGUAAUGUUGUUUUGUUUAAACAAACAGAGACGUAAAAGCCCUGUUUUCGGCGUUUUAAUAGUUGUCGUGAAUCCACUGUAAACAGCUCGCCGAAGGUGUCGAAGAAAUCAGCAUAUUCACAGAUUUCCCCCAAUCAGAUUCCAUUGAAAUCUUUACCAGUAGUUUGAAAAUACGCACAGAUCGAUCAGCCAGAAUACAAAAAUUUGGAUUAUCUUUUAAUAUAGCACGAGAAAAUCAACAAAAUGUCCACUCAAUCCACAAAAUCCGCGGAUUUUUUAGCGGAUUUUCCCCGGAUUUUUAGCGGAUUUUUGAAGAGAAAAUCUGUUGGAUUUUCCGGAUUUGUUCGAAUUUUUUCCGGAUUUUUUGACGAAGUGUACGGGAUUUUUGGAGUGAAAUGCCCCUCGCAUUCAACUUAAUUAACGCGACCGAAAUUCGACGUGUAAAACAGGUCAAGGUUGAUUGCAUGCAGGCACUAUAAAGACAGCAAAGUUGUGAUGAAGAACUGCAGUAUAUUUAUAACAUUAAGCAAAAUAAACGAGACACUCCAUGCUCCCGCACUCUCCCGAAAGUUGGCUAGUGACUGUUAGUAUAGUUUCAGGCCUUCCUUUUGAAUUUCGACCUCAAAUAGCAACAUUGAAUGGGGGAAAGGGGAUAAGCGUUAAAAAAACAUGGUGGCUAAUUCUUACUCGUCUCAAAAACAAUGGUCGUUAAAGAGAUAGCUUCAACUGCUUGAACAAGAUAAAUCAUUGUCAUUGACACGUCGUUCAUUUCUAUUUUCUUAAGGAAUUAAUACUAAAGAGAGCAGCAGAAACUUUGGAAACUUGUUAUCGUUAUUCCCGUCCUCGUCCAAGUUACCCCAAUUCUAAAACCUCUGGUAUAUACACAGCAUUGUAUAAAUCACCACUACAUGAUAACGUACCACCAUACAACAAUAUUAGUGCUGGUUUUUUUAUAAACCCAACAAAUUCUCAAAAUGGUUGUACGUAUGUCAGUAAUCAAGUCCCAACUCACUUACAGAGCCCUUCAUUCCUGAGCUCGGCAUCAUGUUCCAACACCACAGAUGAGAACCGUAUAAUUGUGAACGGUACAAGCGGACCAUUACCCAGUGUUUCAACCUUAACAACAAGUCGUAAUAGUACUGGUUCACAUCUAGAGACUGAUAAUCAACAGCUAUCACCGAUGCUAUCACGAGGACCGGGGAACUCAUUCUGCGCUGGUUACUCGAAUUUUCAAGUUUCUCCUGGUACGGUACCAUCGAAUUUUGGAAUACCAGCGUCACCAAGUAUGAUGACUGGAGCUACAGGUUGGUUGUUAAAUGUCUGAGUUUUUGUCUCCUCUGUUUGUCUCUCUAAAACUGCUGUUUUACAUUAGUGACCAUGGUUUGGUUCCGCAACGUACUCAAUGGAAACUGGUUAUGACUGUUUAUGUACAUGUUAACGGAGGUUUCGUGUGUUUGUUUUUCGUUCUGUCAUGUUUGUGUUGUUCUGCCCGAUUCCUGUUUUGUUUGAUUAAUUAAAGUGUACGUCCGGUUCGACUUAUGCAAACACUGCAUUCCUUCUGUAGAAAGAAAGGACUAGUAAGGGAAGCCUCGCAUAUCGAUUUUGUCCACGAGAAACGUCAAAUGGAUGGCUGCAGGGGAGGGGGGGAGGUUUGUAGCUGUGACGUUUCUCUGUGAAACAUCAUGGAAAAAUUCGAUAGUUUUUCCGAAAGCCUUAUGUACUGUUUAAUAAACUCGCAGGAGUGUUUUAUUAGGUUUAAAGCCACGAGCGCGCAGCGCGAGUGGCUUUAGACCUAAUAAAACACGACCUGCGAGUUUAUUAAACGGCUUCAAACACGACUACAAAUUCAAUAGAUUUACUGCCUUGUUAGUAUUCUUUAUAUAAAGGAUACUAAUGAGGACACGACCACAAUAGAUACUGCCUUAUUAGUAUUCUUUAUAUAAAGAAUACUAAUUAGGAGUGUUUUAUCAGGUUUAAAGCCACUGCACGUGACAUAUUAUGGUUGACAUGAUUUGCCAAUACGCUUAUGAAUUUUUAAUGAGUGUUUGAAAAACAUUUCGGGGUCAUCUUUGCAGAAUAUAAAAAAAGAAAACAACUUGAUACAAACAUGCACCAUUCCGUAAUUCCAUAAUUCGAAAUAGUGAAAAUUACCCAUAUGUGUGCUAUAAGAACAAAAUAUCGAUAAUUAUGUGACGUUUCUAAGGGGGGUGGGGUGUCUCCAGAGAAACGUCCUUAUGACGUUUCUCAUGGACAAAAUCGAUAUGUGAGGCUUCUCUAUAAGAGAUGGCACGGACCAGAAAGAGGAUCACAUUUUUCUUUGGUUAUAACAAGAUAUCGUUAUAAAAAUCCUACUUUUGUCUUUUAGUUGUUCCACAGUCCCCUGUUCAUAUAGCAACACCAAGCAGCGGAAAUAGUAGCUAUGGUGCGCCCGCAGUGUUCACGUUUUCUGCGCCGGGUGUGAUGCCAAUGCUGAGACAGAAGAGUGCUUUUAACGCUGUCACCAGGACACAAAAUAUGGAACAAAUCAACUGUGUUUCAGCUAACUUACCUCCACAAAGUAAGUAGACAUUAGAUUUGGAAAUAGUGGACUAUCCCACAGCUGUUUGUGCAUCGUUAAUGCGCUAGUAUUGUUCCCCUUGCCUACAUGUUUGUUAGAGAAACUCGUUACAAACCUUUUACGACAUGCGAUACAUUGUUGAUUACAGUCAUGUAAUACUUGCGUUACUUUAUUUUUUAUAUAUAUGUAAUUGAUUACAUGCGGUUAUGUAUUAUUGAUUGGAGUCGUUAUAAAUGUCAUUCUAAACUUUUAUUUUUACAGGUUUACCAACAAUGGUCACAACCGGUGGUUUCGCUGCACCCUUUACAAUCCCAACUACCUCUCUUUACCCCCAGUUUCUCCAUUCGACAUCUCAAAGUUAGUUCUAUAAUUACACGUUGACUGCAUUAAAUUUUAUGUUUAGAGUGUAUAGUUUGAAGCCGCUAUAAGUUGACGUGAGGGUUAAUGGCUGCCCGCGUGCCUGGGGAAAUUUAGACUACCACGUACGAUCAUGGCCAUGGGCGAGUAGAAUUUUCUUCUCGGUUGCCCGUUCAGGCAGGACUGGUAUAUCGCCUAAAAAUUAUUUAGUUGUUCAUUCAACGAAUGGUUUAUGCAUGCUGAUAUAACCGACAAAUGCGGCGAUAUUGAGAAUAAAGUCUGCUAAGACGAGUGCAUGACACGUAAAAACGUUCCUUAUUUAUGUGAACAAUGUUGAUGUGUAUGUCUGCCCAAAAUUUCUAAUCUAUAUAUUCCUUGUGAUGUAUUAAAUAUUAGUCAUUACAUUAUUAAGUUAUUGUUAUUUAUUGUAAAGCUUAAAGCUUUGAAAAUAUUAAGUUAUUGUUAUUUAUUGUAAAGCUUAAAGCGUUCUUUAUUUAAAAAUCAAUAAAAUGCUCAAUCCUCGA